GUCACUUCCGCUUUCAGGUUGACAGCAAAACAACAGAAGCAGGAGCGAUAAAAACAUCACAAACCAAGGAAACAUUUGUGGAAAGCAGCUACUGUAACAGAAUGAAGGUGCUGAGUUCACAGCAGGAGACAGAGGAGGAGAGCGGCUUAUCUCCUGUAGACUGCAACAACCACCACAGCUAUGAGGACAGAGAACAGGAGGAAGUUCCCCAAUACCACCAAGAGGAACAUCCACAUGACACAGAUAAAGACCACCCCAGGCAAGAAGGAGGAGUCAUGUGGAAAGUGGGUGGUGGCCUGUUCGGCAUGACACGAAACGUCGUUGGCGCAACCCUGGGGGGUGUUGCAUGGGUAGGAACUAAAAGUUUUGAGCUCACUAAGACAGCUGUGACCAGCGUGCCGGCAGCCAGCCUAGGAUUGGUCAAAGGGAGUGUCUCCAUGGUUACAGGAGGUGUUGGGGCAGUGGGAUCCGCAGUGGCAAGUAAAGUCACACCAAGAAAGAAGGACAAAGCUGACUGAUGGUCAGUGGCCUCUUGUGUGUGUGUGUGUGUGUGUGUGUGUAUAUGUGUGUAUGUGUGUGUAAUGCAAACAAGAGCAAAAUACCUCGAAAGCUUAGAAUGGAUUCACAGACCCUCAAAGUAAAGCCUGUAUUCCAUAAUGCAGCUACAAAGAUACAAAAGCAGCUAAAUGUCAGCGUCAUCUGGAAAUCUGUUGCACAAGGCGACCCCCCCAUCAGAGGUCCAAAGAAAUACUAACAAGCCAAUGUUGUUGUUUUUUUUCUCCCAUACACCAGGGGGUUCAGGCAGACCUUUCUCCAUCAUCAGCUCAGCACUAAAACAGCAGAUAGGUCUAGCUAUGCAAGACUAGACUGCCACAGAAAAUAAAUAUGUCACUGAAAACAACUGUCAAAUUAUAGAAUGAGCGAUAGGCCGGAGACAGCCCAUCGCUUUGUAUCUGCAUGUCUGAACACACAGUAACGUGUUCCCUCAAUAGCAUCUAACAGCUUGAAAAGAAAAUGUUUUUGUUAAGAAUAAAAUAGAUUAUCAUUACAAAAUUUUAAGAAAUUGUCCCUAAAAGGACUGGUUAGGUAAGAGUACAUGCAUGUUAAUGUGGCGUCUGAGUACUGCUCAGUUUUUAUCAUCCACUUAUUAAAGAUGGACGUUGCUUCUCCACUUCCUCCCACUGUAAAAAGAUAAGGCCAAAAUAUCCAUUGUGACGUCUUUCAAAGCCAGAGUCUGCGCACUAGGUUUGACGCCGGUAUCAAGAUCUUGCCUAUAUACCCGGCCGACUCAAUUGCGAGCAGGACUCAGCUGUCAAUUAAAACCAAACUGAUCAUAAAAAUGAACACUCAAUCAUCAGUGUGAUCAGAACUAAGAUAGAAAGACAGACAGAAACCAUCUUUGGGGAAAACAUUUGGCUUUGAUUUAUUUGUUUAUCCCAUCUGCUAACAUGUAGGCUUUAUGACCUAUACUGCAGUCAGCCACCAGGGGCGAUCAAGAUGUUUUAUCUUUGGCACUACUACUAGCUGUCAUGUCCUCCAUCUUUUAUAUAUGUCGAUGAUUUGUAUAGGUUUGUUUUUUCUUUCUGUUACGUAGUCAGUUUCCUGACACUGUAAGUUGAGAACACUACACUAACAUUCUCAUUGAGCUGGAUGGACUCAAUGAGAAUGACUUGACAAUCACAAGGUAGCCACGCCCUAAAGCUUACCCUGCUUUAUUGUCUAUUUUACUCAAAAUGGGACCAUCAUUUACUAAAUGAACAUCAUGCUGUAUGGAAAAAGACUGAAACUAGAGAACAUAAACUCAUUAGGAACUGUUUACUGCAGCUCAUAAAUCACAUCAGAAGUCAGCUCAUUUCUCAUAAGACUAAUUAUACUAUCAGACUUCAUUAGAAAGAAUGCAGUUUAAGACGAUUUCAUGUUGGUUCACUUUACAGACCCAGAAGCUCUGUCCACUAAUUAUCCUGCCAGUGGUAUGUCAUUUGUUAGGCUGUCUGUGUUGAAAAGACAAAUUUUGA